AUGGAUGAGGGUCGCUUUCAGCGGUACUUUCGUCUCUCCCUUGCCCAGUUUGACGACCUACUGACCCGCAUUGGCGCAAGGAUCACCUACCAGGACACCAACUACAGGCGCUCUAUUCCAGCUGAAGAGCGCCUGUCCAUCUGUCUGCGGUUUCUAGCCACUGGGGACUCCUACAGGACCAUUGCGGGGAGCUUCAGAGCGGGCAUAUCCACCGUCUCCAUGCUCAUCCCAGAUGUGGUAAUGACUGCCAGACUCCACUGCGACUCCACUCCAACUUCAGGAGAGGAAAGAGAGAGAGCAGGAACUGAUGGUCUUCUGAGUAGUCGGGCGCUCCCCUCGACCAAAGCGCAGCAGAUGUGUUUGGUUGCGGCGCAUGUUUUGCCCAUGGUUUGUCGUGGCUCACCAGGAGCUUCAGGAGGACGCACAACAGCCGGCCACACCAGCACCACGGUAAUCCACAUAGUCCUCUCAGAGCCUUCAUGGUUCUCUGCUGAUGGUCCUGAAGUUUAUGUUUGUGAGGCCUUUUCCAGCUCCAGAGCCCAGCCACCGUCCACGCCUCCUUCCCCCGCCCCCCUCACACUGAGAGAGGAGACCCCAGAGGAGGAUGGUCUGCCCCACAUGGUCCAGGCCCUGUCAGAGUCUGUCCCCAAAGACCUGGAUGUCCUGUUCCCUGGCCGGACCACAGAGGAGGUCCAGACCAGAGAGGAGGUCCAGACCAGAGAGGAGGUCCAGCCCAGAGAGGAGGACCAGACCACAGAGGAGGACCAGACCAGAGAGGAGGUCCAGACCACAGAGGAGGACCAGAUCAUAAUUGAAGUACUGACCUCAGAUGAGUCCAAAAUAUAG